GCCGCCCGCGCCAGACUGGCUGCUGGCCCUGUCGCCCGUCGUGGCUUCACCUCUACUCGAGUCCGACCCGAUCAGUACAACUUCACUCCCUACCACUACCCCGAGGGUCCGCGGUCGAACCUGCCCUUCAACACCCAGACAAGAUUCUUUGCUGUUCGCUACUGGUUAUUUAUG